UACACAUUAAGGUACUUGUUCUCAUCAUCUUAUCAUUUGAAUAUUCACUUAUUUAGUAAAUAAACCAAUCAAAUUUACAUGGUGUAAUAUUAUUGGAUCGAAUUUUUUUUGGUAAACUUUCAGGUCGCUGAUAUAUAUAUAUAAGUAGAUAGAUUUUGUGGUAUACAAUUAGAUUACAAUUUAUUAGUAUUACUAUUAUUAUGAGCUUAAUAAACGCAUACAUAAUCUACCUUAUAUGUUUUAUUUUAUUAUUAAUUCAAAAGAAUAAUACAUCUGAAUAUGAUUCUAAUAAAGAGUAUAUUGAUGAAGAAGCAUUGAAUCGAUUCAUAAACGAUACUGAUGAUGACAAUGAUCAUCAUGUUCAUCAUAAUCAUCGUCAUCAUCAACAAGAUCGUCACCAUCGACGAGAUAUUCAUAAAAAUGUCGGACGAAAAACUCAAUUGAAAUGGUUUCCAUGGCGUAUACAUUUUAAUCGACCAAAUACUCAAGAAAUGUAUGUAUUCAAUACAGACCGUUAUAGUAAUUGGUCAGAUUGGAAAGAAUGUUUACCAAUUGAAUGUAUUGAAAUACGUUAUCGUAAAUGUUUAGAUAAUUCAUGGAAAACAAUAUCACCAAAUCUUAUUCAUACAACUAGAUGUAUAUCAAAAUAUUAUACAGAGAAACGUACAUGUUUAAAUAAGACUCAAUGUAAUGAACAUACUGGUGAACAAAUUGUCAAAAAUCUAACUAAUACAUGUGGAAUACGUAAACAAGAUAACAAAAUAAUAGAAAAAAUUCUUGGCGGUAAAUCAGCUGAACCACAUUCAUGGCCAUGGGCUGUUCGUUUAUCUGUGAAGUUACCACAUCGAAGACCAGUUACAUUCUGUGGUGGGACAUUAAUUGCACCACAAUGGAUAUUAACUGCAGCUCAUUGUGUUCUAGUGGAAAAUAAACAUAUUCCAGUUGGAAAACCAGUUAUGUUAGCUGAUCAUAUGAAAAGUACAAUCUAUGCACAUUUAGGUGAUCAUGAUCGAUAUAAACAAGAAGCUGCACAAGUUGAUCAUCGUGUUACUGUUGCUAUACUUCAUCCAAAUUAUCAUAGAAAAUUACAAACUGAUGGAUAUGAUAUUGCAUUGUUACGUCUCUCAGAACCAGUUAAAACAACACCAGAAAUUGAUUUUGCAUGUUUACCAACAAAAGAUUUAAAAUUAACACCAAAUUCUAAAUGUUAUGCUGUUGGUUGGGGUAGUAAUAAAGGUGCAAAAAUACCAACAUUUGAUAAUAUACAUAGUAUAUUAGAAUCAUUAUUUUUACCAUUUCCAUCAUUAUUUACAACACCAUUUAGAUUUGGUAGAAGUGAAUCAACAAUAUGGAAUAUUAAAAAAUUAGAAGAAGAAGAAUCAUCAAGAGAAUUACAUGAAGUUGAAUUACCAAUUGUUUCUAUAGAAGAUUGUCGUAAACAUUAUGCUGAUAUUAGUUCUAAAGUUCAUGUAUGUGCUGGUGCUAGAAAUAAAGUAAGUAAUGAUUUUGUUUUAUUCUUUUGGUAUAUACAUUAAAAAUGACGAAAAUUUAUGAAAAUCUCAAUCAAGAGCUUAAUAAUCUUCACAAUCAUAUACUUAUUAGUGACUAGUUUCAUGAGGGAAUUCUCAGAGUUCUAGUGGGAAGCAGUAACCAGUGGAGUUAAUCUGUCUUGCAUAAUACAGGUAUCUACCUCGGUAAAAUGGAAGAUGGUCGCGCGAUUUUGUGGAUUGGUUGAGAUAAGACAUUUACAUCAUUGGAUGCCAGCGUUCGAGAGCGAGACUGAAGUCCCUGGGUUUGGAUCCUGCUCGCGGGGAUCGUAGAUGUGCACUGCUGAGAAGUCAUAUAAUAAGGCUAAACGGAGAUCCAGUACUUCAAGGUUUUCAAUGAUGAUCUAACAUUAAUAGGUUCAUGAUCUCAAUCAAAAACUUAAUAAUCUCCACAACCCCAUACUGAUAAUCACUAAUAGUAGAAUCCAUCUACUGAUUCAUUCUGUUUGAAACUCAUCAGUUAGAUGUACUUACAGUUCAAUGUUCAUGUACAUAUUGAGAUUUGAUCAUUAAAGUGUUAAUCUCUAGUAUUAAAAAAGAACCUAUGAGUAAAAUACACUUUCGUUGAUAUAAAUAAAUGAAUAACUGAGAUUACUUACAUACUUACUUACUUAUGCCUGUUAUCUCUCGCAGAGGAGUAUAGGCCGAUCACCAGGCAUCCUCCAUCCAACUCUGUCUUAGGCAAUCCUUUCCAUUUCUUUUCAGUUGCUAUUCAUGUUUAUUAAUUCUUCUUUUACAAUAGUGAAAGGAUAUAUAUUCAAAGUAUAAAUACAUGAACUGAGUAUUUAUCCUAAUAUACCUUCUAAUUAAGAAAUUAUCUGAUUAAUUGCAUAUACAAUUACAACAUAUAACAAUAGGCUGAUGAAAUAAUGAUGACUGAUGCUUUGAAUAUAGUGAAUCUGUCAGUAAAAGAACUGAAAUUGAUCGUUUAAGGAUAGUUUAAGAAAGAAGCUACAAGAUCAUAUAUGGUUCUAGAUUAUACUUAACUGACAAGGUAUUUCAUCUAUUUUUUUAUUGUUGAAGAAGUUGAUAUUUUAAGUGAAAUACUAACCCACUUCAUUUAAGAUCAACAUUAGAAAUGGUAUUGUUGUGAACAAGAACACGGGUGGGGACAAUCGAAUGUAUUUAGUACGAAAAUUACAGACUAUCUCAAUAAAAUCUGAAUACCAUAAAGUCAAUCGUCAAUUUGCAAAAUAUCAAUGCAUCAUAUUAAACUGGACUGUUUCCGUUGCAAACACUAAUCCAUUGUCUCCCGUUCCAUUGUACAUGCGUUUUCUUACAAAUUCCAUUGUGCUCUCGCUCUUCCUUUCUUGAUCUUCACCUCAUCUUCUGCUGCCAGAUAUUACGUUUAACUCGCGACAUAUACUACUUAUAUCAAUAUAAGUAGUACACACCACAGUAUCACUAAGCUAUUUGAGCUGCAACUGACUUAAUGUAGAAGUAAGAUAUUUCAAAUAAUCAAUUAUUGUGUAAUAACUGACAUGUAGUUUCUUCUUGUUUUUAAUACUGAUGUAACACAUCCAAACGUAGUACGCUUAUUAUUCAAGUCGAUUAUACCAUUAGUAACAUUGUUUAUCGUUUGAUAGGAGUUGAUUAACUCUAAAGAAUAGUUAAUUAUCAAAUUAGUUAACAUACUUUGAUUCAUCAGUCUUCAGAUGACAAUUUUUUUGGUUUAUACGGUGAGACUGUAAUUUAUGGAUGAAUCAAUCACGUAUAAGAUUGUAGGUCUCGGAUUUUGGCGCGAAAUUCAUUCAUCCAUUUGGAUAAAUAAAGUUUUGAUAUUUUAGGUGAUAUCAAUUCAUGAUAAAAACCCGAAAUCUAAUUCCUAACCUUAAUCAUCAACUGUAAAUUAUAGUUGUAAUUCCUUAUACUGGUUUAUAAUCCUCAUUUGGUCAUGGUUAUUAAGUGAACACCCUCAAGGUCAGUCUAGAGUCACUCAAAGGUCGUUCAUAAAUUAUAAUCUCACUGUUUGUACUCAAUAGUAAGAAUGAUUGCAUGAAUUCGCUCAUCCUUUAUAUUUAAUCAUCAAUCCAUCAUCAAGUGUUCAUAAGACCGAUGACAUCCUGGAUUAAAGAAAAUAUCAAAAGUUUGCAAUUUAUUGUGAUUUCCCAUUCUUCGUAGGGUAAAUCGAUGAUGAGCUAAAUUUAUGAAAAUCAUUAAUGAAUAUAAUUCCAGUAAAAAAAAAGAGGAAAAAUGACAAGUUAGUCAAUGAGCAUGAUUACUGUUGACUUGCAAAGGAAUUUUCAACGGUGGAAACCGAUAUCGGUCAGUCAGUCAACAACAACAACGUAGAACUUCGUACGUACGUACGUCAGUUCAAGUUGAAAUACCACAUUAACACACAGAUACAAUUUUCGAUUCAAAUCCAAAAGUGGUAGAGGUAGUAAAAGUAUAGGCAAUAAUCGGAAAGACUACGGUUUGAAGAUGUUAUUCAAGAAGUACAACCCAGUGAAGUAAAUUUGGAAAGAAAAAUUCAGAAACUUAGAAUUUGGGAGAACACAAAGAGUGUAUCCACCUGCACCAUUGACAACGAUUUUGAGCCAUGUCAUUCAGGGUCUCUAACCAUCGGUUGCUGUCAUCUCGCGGUCCCCAACCAGGUAGUCUACACCUACCAACAUGACUCAGUUCACUUGUCAGUGACUUCAUGGACUUGUGUCAUGUUUUGGUUUGGCCGCCCCUAGCUUUCUUCCAACCUACUCCUAUACCACUGAACAUAGCACGUCGAGGCAGUCGGUCGUUGGGCAUACGUAACACGUGUCCCAGCCAUCUCAACUGAUGAAGUUUCACUACUUCAUCAAUUGAUUUGCCAUCCUUACCUAGUACCCGUUUCCUAACAACUGUGUUACUUACUCGAUGGUCCCAUGAUAUACGAGCAAUGUUUCGAAGACACCUAUGAUUGAACACUAGUAACCUACGAAUAUCAACUACUCUUACCGACCAUGUUCACUGCCAUAAAGUAAGACUGAACGAACUGCUGCGCAGUAAACCUGUCCUUUGGUUGAUAGACGGAUAUCUCGCCUACGCCAUAAAUGACGGAAGUUGACAAAAACUAGUCGAGUCUUCUGUAUCCGUGCUGAAAUUUCGUUACACAUCAGACCACAAAGGCUGAUGAGACUCCUAAGAUAAGUGAAGUGGACGACACUCUCAACUAUUUCACUCCCUAUCAUUAGUUCAGGUGCCGAUGCAGCCCAAUCCUGAAGCAACAUUUUGCAUAAAUGAUACUAUAUUAUUUUAUUAUAUUUUACCAUGUCAUAUAAAAAAAAGUAAAUUGGGAUGAACACAUUUGUGUUACUUAUUAAACUAUGAGUAGUAUAUUUGAAUAGGUUCAAUGUUUUAUUUACUAUUUAUUUUAUUUGAACACAUAAAUAUUGUUACAAAGGGGCAUCGAAUACAUAGGCGCCACACAAAUAAGCCUCUUGAUUUGUAUGUGGGUUGUGAUACUGCCCGCGUACUUGGACCGAACUCUAGCAGUACGCAUCCAUGAUUCCGCACACGCGACUCGAACCCAUGACCUUCGGUCUUAUAUGCAAACGAUCAAUCUCUAAAUCCCUGAACAUGAUGAUUAACUUGUUGACAUUUCUUCAUACUCUUCGUCAUAUACUUAUUCCUUCUUGAAUAUCUACUGAUUUUCUAUUCAAUUGAGCAACUGUUUUUCUUUUCGUUUCUUUUUUUUUAUAAUUUGAAUCCUUAGGAUACAUGUGCAGGUGAUAGUGGUGGCGGUCUUUAUUGUUAUUUAGAAGAGACUAAUCGUUGGCAUGUUGUUGGUGUAACAAGUUUUGGUUUAGCACGUGGUUGUGGUUUAAAUCCUGGAGUUUAUACAUCAACAACAUCACAUAUGGAUUGGUUAUCAAAACAAUUAGCAACAAAGAUAUUUUAAAUAAAAUCAAAAAAAAGAAAGAAAAAAAAGGAGAAAAAAGGAAAAAAAUCAAUAAGAAAAAAAACAUACUAUUGAUAAUAAUAAUAAUCUCUAUCAGUUACUUUAUUAAGAUUUCUUCUAACGAAAAAUCGAUAUGAAUAUGAUCAAUUGAAUAUUGAAUAUAUUUUUUAUUGAUUUUAUUAUUUAUGUAAAUUUAUUAGAUAAAUUAGUAAUUAAAAUAUACCCCCCCCC